UCUCUCGGGUCUCGUGGUAAUAUAUAUCGUCACCUCCUGUCCCAUUUCCCAACACGGAAUCUUGCGGGUUUUGAGGCAUGACAUGUAGCAAGUGGAUCAUAUCUUAUCGAGCGCCACUGCAGUGCUUCAUUGUGACAUCUGCAGCCUUCUUCUCGUUUGAAUUGAUCCCUUCUCCUCGGUUCUUCCUCCUUUCUUCUCCUUUGGUUCCCAGAGAAGAGAAGAAGGGGAUGGGGAGAGAGUGGCAGUGGAGUCCAAGGCCUUUGGCUAGAGGAGCCUACAAGGAGAGCCACCCUGGUUGCAUGAGCGGCAUGCUUCACUACUUACACUUUCAACACUUGCUCUUCGCUGGCAGUAGCAGCAAAGCUCAAGCAGUCUCGUCGCUGUCAUUGCCUCCUCGAAUCGAUCAUAACUCUCAACAACUCGAAGGUAUGGACGCACCCAGGAAUAGCCUAGAGCUGGAUGAUGGGAAAGCGUCGUCGUCGACUUCGACCGUAGAAGAUGAGUUUUAUGAUGUUCCUGUUGGGAUAGAAAUAGCCCCACGACUAGUUUCACUAUCAAAGAACAAGAAGAAGACGUUGAUAGAGGAGGAGAAGAGGAGCUCAUCGGCCGAGACUCCAAGAACUCCGUGCCUCGUGGCGCGCUUAAUGGGCUUGGAGAUCUCGGCGGAUCAAGCCUCUUCUCCGACACCGAAGACGCCACCGUUGAGGGAGCCGCAAGCCAAAUCUCGAGUGAGAAACAACAACAAGAACGUUGGCGGACAUCAGUAUACUAGGAGAGAGUCACCAUCUCCACGGCAGCCACUUGGGAGCUUAAGCUGCAACGUUGCAGCGUCUCCUCGGGUCAGAAUGGUCGACGCAGGUUCUCGGUCCUUGCCGGAGACGCCGAGGGUUUCGUCAGCGACGUCCUGCGACGUGGAUCCCAGGUUUUCUCUGCAACUCAACAAGAGCACCAGUAAGGCCGUGAAGGAGGAGUUGAGCUACUUCUGCAAGGUGACCGGCAAUCACUUGCCGUCUCCUCCAUCAGCAUACUCGGCCACGAGGUCUAUGAAGAACGAAUUCGUGUGGCAUCAGGAUGAGAACAGGAGCCCGAGGAGCCACCGCUAUGCUCGUGAGAUCGUCGAGCAAGUGAAGGAAAGUAUCAGUGGCAGAAGAGGCGGAAGAGGAGGAGAUGGCGGCUGCAGUGGCGGGGAUGGACUAAAAGCCAAGUCUAAGAGAACCAGACCGACCGAGAAGAAGCUCUCCAACCCACCAUCUCCUUGUUCUCCUCCUCAUAUAAGAGUCUUGGAGAUCCGAAACAACGACAUUAAAGAUGGAACUAAGAAGUCACGAACGCUGCCUCCUAAAUCGCUUCGGUCGCAGGCAACCGACCAUAUGUCCUCAUCAAGAACUUCAAUAGGCACUCCAGAUUAUGGUGAAGCAAAGACUGUUAAGAUGGUCCUCAGCAAGUGUAAGAAAGCUGAUAAUGAUCGGUUUACUGAGAGGAUCAUCAGGAAGGAAACACAAUCACCGACACCAACAUCAGCAUCAGUCUUUCAAUCAGCUGGGAAUAGAAGCAGUCGCAGAUCCUCACCAUCUACUGUGGAACGGAGAGUGGAAGAAGUAUCCCAGCCCGCGUCAGUCUCACGGUCGUCUUUGCCCCUAAACCUGAUAGGAGUUGGAGGUGGCAAACACCAAUCAAACAAUCCAGAGUUCCGAUAUAUGAAGUCCAUAUUUGAACGUGCAGGGAUCGCCGGAAUUCACACAGUAAGAUGGUACUCGCCGUCGCUCCCAAUCGAUCCCAUCGUCUUCCAUCAGCUGGAGCUCGAGUUCCCUUUCUUCCUUGUAGAAGAAGAGGAACGAUGCAAAGACAUCGAGGAGGAGGAAGAAGAGGAGGUGGACCUUCUUGUUCUCGGUCCUUUACGGUACCGAUCGAACAGGAAGCUCCUGUUCCAUCUGGUAGAGGAGAUCUUAAGAGAUCUCCUUACCGGAUGUUGCAACCUCCCACCAUCGUUCUGCCGCACCAGCGAUAGGGAGGCGCUGCUGCGGCAACUCUGGGGACAGAUCGAGAGUUUCCCCGCCGCCGACUGCCGCGUGGUUGGCGACAUUGACGCGCUCGUCGCGCGGGACCUACCUGAGGCCCACGUGCGCCUCAUGCUGCGCCACCCCUCGGUGGUGGAAGAGGCGGACGAUGUGGUGUUCGAGGUGGAGCAGGAUAUCCUCGACGGCCUCCUUGGCGAGACCGCAGCCUGUCUGGCCCUCCCCUCCUCUGCUUCCUCUCAAGGCCGGGGUGGUGGUCACUACGGGUUGAGUACUGUGAUGUGUUAAUAUGCAUGCAUGGAAGAAGACCUCAGUUUGCUGUAAAUGAAGCAGACACGCUUUUUCUUCUCUCUUUU